AUGAUUCCCGGAAUCGAUUAUCCAUUUCAGUAUGUCGCCAAAGCCAUAGGAGCAUCUACCGACGAGAUCAAGUUGAUAUUCAGCUUUCUCAUGAGCUAUCCGCUUGCUGGCCUUCUCAAGCGUAUUCCUGAUCAAAAACCUAACCAGAAGAAUAUUUUCAUCGUCGCGGUCAGUCUCUUUUAUUUCAUUGGCCUCUUCGAUCUCUAUGAUGGCCUUCGCACCUUUCUUUAUAGUGCAGUUGGUACAUAUGCCAUUGCCUACUAUGUUGAUGGGAGUCUGAUGCCUUGGAUCGUGUUUUUCUACCUGAUGGCCUAUAUGUCUUGGUCCCACAUCGUCCGCCAGCGCCUCAACGAUCCCUCUGUUGUGGACAUCACGGGGGGUCAAAUGAUCCUGGUCAUCAAGCUGAGCUCAUUUGCUUGGAAUGUUCACGACGGCCGUCUCAAGCCCGACCUGAUGACCGACAGCCAGAAAGAUCGGGCCAUCUAUGAAAUGCCCGAUUUCUUGGAUUAUGCUGGCUACGUCUUUUUCUUUCCCUCAGUCUGGACCGGCCCUGCCUUUGAUUAUGUCGACUACAAACGCUGGUUGCAAACAACCAUGUUCGAAAUUCCUGAAGGUUCAAAAGCACCCCCCACUCGAUCAAACAGGCGUAUUCCUCGCUCAGGUACGCCUGCCACAAAGAAAGCCAUCAUUGGCUUGCUCUGGAUCGGUCUCUAUGUCCAAUUCUCCGGCUUAUACACCACCAACCUACUCCUUUCCGACGAUUAUUUGAAGUACUCAUUUUUCCGUCGUGUUUGGCUGCUAUACAUGCUUGGUUUCACUUCCCGCCUGAAAUACUACGGUGUAUGGACAUUGACCGAAGGAGCUUGUAUUCUCUCCGGAUUGGGUUAUAAUGGUCUCGACCCCAAGACAGGCAAAGCAUUGUGGAACCGACUCGAGAACGUCAAUGCUUGGGAGAUCGAAACUGCCCAGAAUUCGAGAGCGUAUCUGGAUGGCUGGAACAAAAACACCAACAAAUGGCUCCGAAAUUAUGUUUAUCUGCGUGUCACACCAAAGGGAAAGAAACCUGGCUUCCGCGCCACUCUUGCCACUUUUAUCACUUCAGCUUUCUGGCACGGCUUCUACCCAGGAUAUUACCUCACAUUCCUGAUGGGAGCUUUCAUUCAGACUGUCGCGAAGAAUUUCCGUCGCUAUGUUCGCCCCUUCUUCCUCGUUCCCGACGGUUCAAAACCAACAAAGUACAAAAUCUACUAUGAUAUUGCCAGCUAUGUCAUUACUCAACUAGCCUUUUGCUUCACCACAGCUCCCUUCGUUAUUCUGGGGUUCACCGACAGUCUAGUUGUCUGGGCCAGGGUCUACUUUUAUGCCAUUGUCGGUAUCAUUGUUUCUGUGGCUUUCUUCUCCUCCCCUGCCAAGAAGAUUCUCGUCAAGAAGCUCGACAAACGGAACCACCCCCACGUUCGGAAGACUUUGUCUCAAGAAACAAAUUAUCCACCAAGUCUUGGACUCCCCAGCGAUCCCGGAAGGGAGAUCGAUGAGGCCAUUGACGAGAUCAAACAAGAAGUUGAUGCCCGGCGUAGGCGUGGCAGUACCGUCACAAUGCCAUCUGGUGAGGGCCUCAAACGAGCCAUUGAGCAAAAAAUCGGGCGAAAAUUGGAAUUUGGUUCCGGUCCUGGUCAAACACUAGUCGAUGCCAAAGCUGAAAGCAUUGCCAGCGGUGCCUCUACUGCUGGAGCAAAGGCAAGAAAACAACAAAGUGAUAUCGCAGGUGCUGGCAUCACUCCAAAUCUGAAUCCUGAUCAAAUCCUGAAAGGAAGGAAUGCUAUCAACAAGUGA